CACGUAUGUACAAAUAGAGAUAGAGAAGAUCAUCAUCUAAAAAAAGAUCACUAUAUCCUAUUUAUUUACUAGUAGUAAAAUUAAAGUUCAAAAGAAAAUAAAUUUCUGGAAUCGAGUAUGACAAUCCAAUCAUCCAAAAAAGUUGAAGAUGAACAGAACAAUGAUUCAAAGAGCUUGUAUUUUAAUUUUCCUGCUCUGGAUGUGUCCAAGGCAUUUCCUCAAGCGACACCAGCUUCAGUAUUUCCACCUUCCAAAUCAGACUACUAUCACUUCGAUGAUCUUCUGACCCCUGAGGAGCAAGCUCUAAGAUUAAAAGUAAGAGAGUGUGUCGAGACACACGUUGCUCCCAUAAUGACCAAGUAUUGGGAGAAGGCAGAAUUUCCAUUCCAAAUUGUUCCAAAACUAAGUGCCCUAAAUAUAGCUGGAGGAACUAUCAAGGGGUAUGGAUGUCCAGGUCUGUCUGUCACCGCAAAUGCUAUAGUUACAGCUGAAUUAGCCAGAGUUGAUGCAAGCUGCUCCACUUUCAUCUUAGUGCAUUCUUCUUUGGCAAUGCUCACUAUAUCUCUCUGUGGGUCAGAAAUACAAAAACAGAAAUAUUUGCCAUCAUUGGCCAAACUUGACACUAUUGCUUGUUGGGGUUUGACUGAACCUGACUAUGGAAGUGAUGCGAGUGGCCUUAGAACAUCAGCAACAAAGGUGGAAGGAGGUUGGGUCAUUGAAGGCCAAAAACGAUGGAUUGGAAACAGCACUUUUGCUGAUAUUUUAGUUAUUUUUGCUAAAAAUAAGGACACAAACCAGAUAAAUGGAUUCAUUGUAAAAAAGAAUGCCCCAGGGUUACAAUCUACCAAGAUAGAAAAUAAAAUUGGGUUGAGAAUGGUUCAGAAUGGAGAUAUUCUCUUGCAGAAAGUUUUUGUCCCCGAUGAAGACAGGUUACCUGGGGUCAACUCUUUCCAAGAUACAAGCAAAGUGCUGGCUGUUUCUCGUGUCAUGGUUGCCUGGCAACCCAUUGGCAUCACAAUGGGUGUCUAUGACAUGUGCCAUAGAUACUUACUAGAGAGAAAGCAGUUUGGAGCCCCAUUGGCAGCUUUCCAAAUAAAUCAGCAGAAGCUAGUUCAAAUGUUGGCAAAUGUCCAAGCAAUGUUUCUCAUUGGUUGGCGUCUUUGCAAGUUGUAUGAGAGUGGUAAAAUGACUCCUGGUCAGGCUAGCUUGGGAAAGUCGUGGAUCACGUUGAGGGCUAGGGAGACAAUUGCACUAGGUCGUGAGUUACUUGGUGGAAAUGGAAUAAUAUCCGACUUUUUAGUGGCCAAGGCUUUUGGAGAUUUGGAGCCAAUUUACACAUAUGAAGGAACAUAUGACAUUAACACAUUGGUUACAGGUCGGGAGAUUACAGGUAUUGCAAGUUUCAAGCCUGUCAUAAAGACUCAAAGCCGCUUGUAAUUUGUGUUUCCUAGUUGGGGAAGCUGUUUGUUCUUUAUUGUGCUAUAUGUAUUUAUUUGAAAGUUUGGAUGAACUCAAUAAAUAAAAGAAAAUCUUCAUUGUGGGUUACAAUUUGGACAUGAACAUGCAUGAAUAAUGUACCAAUUUAGCA